AUGAUGCAGUACUACAAGGGAAACCUCUCAGGCCAGACACUCGGCAUCCUCCCCGGCCCUCCUCCUGCUGGUCCCUAUUACUGGUGGGAAGCCGGUGCUAUGUGGGCAACUCUUAUCGACUACUGGGCUUGGACCGGUGAUGCGAGUUACAACGAUGAAGUGAUGCAGGCGAUGCUAUGGCAGGUUGGCCCGAACGACGCAUACAUGCCCCCCAAUGUUACGGCCUCCCUGGGCAAUGAUGAUCAAGGAUUCUGGGGCAUGAGUGCCAUGACGGCUGCAGAAAUGAAAUUCCCCAACCCACCAUCAGAUAAACCGCAAUGGCUUGCCCUUGCUCAAGCCGUUUUCAAUACCCAGGCCAGCCCGGACAGACAUGACGGCUCAUGCGGAGGCGGCCUACGCUGGCAAAUCCCCUUUGCGAACAACGGCUACAACUACAAAGCGUCCAUUGCCAACGGAUGCUUCUUUAACCUUGGCGCCCGCUUAUACCGGUACACGGGUAACACAACCUUCUCCCACUGGGCAGAAAACACAUGGAACUGGAUGGAAGGCGUGGGCUUUCUUGACAGCGCCACAUACGCUAUCUAUGACGGAGCCAACGUUGGUGACAACUGUACAGACAUUAACAAGGCCGAAUUCUCGUACAAUAAUGGUAUUUUUGCACUCGGCGCGGCCUACAUGUACAACACUACCAAGGACCAAGUUUGGGCGGACAGAGUGACCAAACUUGUAAAUUACGGUCUUAAAACGUUCUUUCCCGGAGGAAUCGCUGUGGAAAUCACCUGCGAAGACGAAGGUACCUGCACAACCGACAUGAUCACAUACAAGGGCUUUAUGCACCGCUGGUAUUCCUACAUUACCCAGCUGGCCCCGUUCACCGCCAACACAAUUAACCCUGUCCUGAAGACGUCCGCCGCCGCCGCCGUCAAGCAAUGCACCGGCGGCGCCUACGGACGACAAUGCGGAUUCAGGUGGGCGAGCGGCAAGUAUGACGGCACAACAGGGGCCGGACAAGAGAUGAGCGUCCUGGCGGCCGUUUCGUCGCAGCUUAUAAACGUUGCUGGCAAGGCGCCUGUCACGGCGGACUCGGGUGGUAUAUCAACUGGUGACCCCAACGCCGGUUCGGGUGCGGACAAUUUCCAAAACAAGACGCGACCGGUCACGACGGCGGAUAGGGUAGGGGCUAGUAUUGUCACUCUUCUACUUUUAGCCGGUGCUGGCGUCGUGUUUGGAUCGAUGGUCAUGAAGGAGUAA